GAGGUAAUUAAGUACGUUAAGCUUUUAUAUAGUUCGACUAUUCUUUAUUAUAACAUUAGGCUAUACAAUUUCCUCUUAGAUAACAGUCUCCGUCUUAAAAUCAUCAACUUUUCUAAGUUAUCCGUCAAUAGCUCCUAUACUAAAAUCAGCCCUAGGACUCGAUACGUAGCCCCUUUACCAGACCGCUCCUUAUAG